CGGGUUGGAGGCGGCUCCCUGUACGGAGCGCCCGCGGAAGCGACUGGCACAGGCUCAGGGGCCGCCGCCGCCAUCUGCCCGAAUCUGGGGGGGAGGCCGGCGCCAGGGGCUAUUUUGGGCUCCAGGGCCGGGAGCGGACUUGGGGAGGGCCAUGUAAGCUCCCGAGGGUCUCCCGGAGGAGGCGGGGUUGCCCUGGGGUCCUAGCGCCGCCUGCUCCAUCACCUACUCCGGCCGGGUGUGGGCGACGAUUGGGCGCGGCCGCCCCGGCCCUAAGGGAAAAGAUGCCUCGGUUCGCUGGUGACUGCAUGCGCGGGAGGGGCGCGGGGUCACAGGCGGGGUGUGUGUGUGGGGGAGGUGACCUAAAGGCGAGAGAAAGCGCCCCCACGGCUCGUGACCUGAUUAGUGGUCAGGUGACCUGGACAGAUCACGUGAUUCCAAGCUCAUGUGAUAGCCAGUCUUUACCUGGAUCCCCAAGAGAGCAGCCUGACAGACCGGACGGAAGCUGAGAGCAAGAUGGGCCCGGCCGCGCUCUUGCUGCUGCUGCUGCCUCUGUUCGGGCCGCCCCCGGCCGAGGCAGCGCCCGAAAAGGACGAGAUCCUCCAUCUCCCGGGGCUGAUGAAGCAGCCAGCGUUUCGCCAGUAUUCCGGCUACUUGAACGUCGCAGGCGGCAAGCACUUGCAUUACUGGUUUGUGGAAUCCCAGAACCGUCCCCAGAGUAGUCCUGUGGUUCUGUGGCUCAACGGGGGCCCAGGAUGUAGCUCCCUAGAUGGACUCCUGACUGAGCAUGGCCCCUUCUUGAUCCAACCAGAUGGAAGUACCUUGGACUAUAACCCUUAUUCCUGGAACUUGAAUGCCAACGUGCUGUACCUUGAAUCCCCUGCUGGUGUGGGCUUCUCUUAUUCUGAUGAUAAGAACUAUGUGACCAACGACACUGAGGUUGCCCAAAACAACUAUGAAGCCCUCCAAGAAUUCUUCCGCCUGUUCCCAGAGUUCCACGACAAUCAACUGUUUCUUACUGGAGAGAGCUAUGCUGGCAUCUACAUCCCUACGCUGGCUAUGUUGGUCAUGCAGGAUCCCAGCAUGAAUCUGCAGGGCCUAGCUGUGGGCAACGGACUCUCUUGCUAUGAACAGAAUGAUAACUCUUUGGUCUACUUUGCGUAUUACCAUGGGCUGUUGGGCAACAGGCUAUGGUCCGCCCUUCAGACUCACUGCUGCUCCCAGGGGAGGUGCAAUUUCCAUGACAACCAGGACCCAACCUGUACUGUUAAUCUAUUGGAGGUGUCUCGUAUCGUAAGCAAUUCGGGGCUCAACAUCUACAACCUCUAUGCUCCCUGUGCUGGUGGGGUUCCCGGCCACAUCAGGCAUGAGAAGGAUACCUUGGUAAUACAGGAUAUGGGGAAUCUCUUCACCCGAUUGCCAAUCAAGCGGAUGUGGCACCAGCAGGCAAUGUUGAGAACUGCAGCAGGGGUACGGCUGGACCCACCUUGUACCAACACCACAGCGCCUUCCACCUAUCUAAACAACUUCUAUGUUCGAGAGGCCCUACACAUACCUAAAUCUGUCCCACGCUGGGACAUGUGCAACUUUGUGGUGAACAGUAACUAUCAGCGCCUCUAUCAGACCAUGAAUGAGCAAUACCUCAAACUUCUCAGUGCCCAGAAAUACCGCAUCCUGGUCUACAACGGGGAUGUAGACAUGGCAUGUAACUUCAUGGGAGAUGAGUGGUUUGUGGAUUCCUUGAACCAAAAGGUGGAGGUACAGCGUCGUCCAUGGCUAGUGUCUGAUGGUAAUGGGGAGCAAGUUGCUGGCUUUGUGAAGGAGUUUGCCAACAUCGCCUUCCUUACCAUCAAGGGAGCUGGCCACAUGGUGCCGACUGACAAGCCCCUGGCAGCUUUAACCAUGUUCACAAGAUUCUUGAACAAGGAACCCUACUAAGUCUCCUCUUCCCUGCCGUGGGAGACAGAGAAAAGCCAGUCAGCCAGCAGCCCCUGCUUCCUGCCUGGGGAUGAGGCCUGGCUGUGCUUGGCUGAAAUCUCAUUGACUGGCCAAAGGGAAUCCCCUUGGUUGGCCAGUAACAGGCCCAGGUCUAUAGGGGUUAGGACUCAAAUUGUACCCAAAUUUCCCACGUGGAAUUAAUCAAGGUUUUGAGUGGGGGGAUUAAUUCAAGCUGUUUGAGGGCAUGAGUUAACACUGGUUUAUUCCUUAGGGUAGACCUUUCUGGGGGGUGAGGGUACUAGGGUACCCUCUGCAUGCCAUCACUCACCAUGCACUGUUCCCUACCCAACAUGGAGCUUAGGACUAUGCAUAUGUCGCCUGUAGGUACUGGAGUAGGGGAGAGAGGGGAGAGAAGGGCAGGGCUUGACUGUGAUUAUAGGAAUAAAUGGUCCACAGCCCA